GUGUGUGUGUGUGUGGAUGGCACACCUACACAAAUGUCAGUGAGCACAGAGCACACUCUCCGUGUGUAAACUAUCGUUCCGUAGAAUGCGGGUCGUCGGUAGCGGAAAAGAGAUGUAAAUAUACAAAGCAAACAAAGCUGUUGCUGUUGCUUCAAUUGUGUGUGCUGUAUGUGAAUGUUGACAGUAAAUAGCUACAUUUUCAAUUCAGUGUCAGUGCAAGAAGAAACACACAACUCUCGCUAUUACUUACUUGUCUUGUCUCAAACACACAACAACAGCAGCAACAGCUUGAACGAGAUAGAGUAAAAAAGAAGAAAUCAAAAAAAAAAGAAACCAAAUCCGCGAUAACAUACAAAAAUAAAAGAUGGACGAUUUAUUUUCGUGAAAUUGAAUAACAAACAUAAACGACGGCAUUCACAAGGAAGGUCAAUCAAGAGAAAAAUUUACUAAUAUAUAAUUUCAAUCGUCUCAAGCGUAAAUAAACGGUGGUACAUUACUUGUUGGUAAAAGCAGCGACAACCAGCCAGAGAGAAAAUCGUGUUUCCAGAGAACUCCUGUGUUCAAUUGAAACGCGCAUUUCGUGUGGAAUAUAUAUAUACAUGUACGACGGAAACAUCAAAAAUGCAACGUUAAUGAACCGAGAUGACCGUGUUUGCAUUGAAUGCAUGUCUUCUGUUUGUGUUCAAACCUCAAGGGGACCACAUCACAUCGUUUAGAAGAUAAGCAUUAGCUGAUAGACAACGACCAACGGUUUGCAAUUUGCAGCAGGCAAAACGAAUAAAUUUCAAUUAGAUACAAUCCGCGGGCAAUAUUUUCGCCCACGCGUCAGCCCAAGUGAUAAGCUGGUAAGACGCAAACGAAACAACAGCACUGCAAUGACGUUGCAAACAUUUUCGGUGUUGCUCUACACGAACCGCGAAUAUCGUGAUAUGACAUUCGGUGUGGAUGAUACGUGCGAAGCGGUGUGCCGGGAAUUGUGUAAAGAUCUGGACAUUAAGCCAAUAUCGAAUCUGUUGUUUUCGUUGCGCAUCAAAGGUACUACAAAUUUUUUGCCCGGAUGUCGACCAGUACAAGCGAAUGAAAAGUAUGAAUUCCGACUACGACAUCAAGUGCCAAAAUUGGCGGAAUUCAAGAAAAUCGAUAAAAUCGCGUACAAUUAUUACUUUCAUCAAGUGAAAUAUGAUCUGAUUAAUGAUGCCGUUCCGGAGCUAAAAUACCCACGUCACAAAGAAAAAGUGGUCGGAUUGGCGGUUACGAGCAUGUACAUCGAAAUGCUGGAACGUGGCAUUUCGGUUGAUGAGCUUGAAAAGCAUUACGAAAAUUACUUGCCGAAGAAACACAUCCAAAAGCAUCGCCUUUUCAUCCGGCAAACCAUCUCAAAGGAACUGAGGAACAUUAAGAAUAUGGAUCACGACUCUUACUAUGUCAAGAGUACGUACUUGGAAUCGAUAAACACUUUAGUCCCACACUACUUAAUGGAGAAAUAUUCGGGUAUUGUGCCAUACUUACCGGAAGACAACUUCCUCGACGGAACCUGUACCGUUGAUAUUGAAUUUUUGCCCUUCCAUUCCGAACGACCCGGCCUGAGUGUGUACUAUCCAUAUAAGAAAGCUUGGAAGCAUGUGGCCAAAAUUGAUGACAUUUUUGCAAUUAUCAUCGAUCGGCAAGUGAUUAAAUUAGAGAUACGAGACUGUCCAGCUGGCUUUUCCAUUCUCAUCAAUGAUCAUCUGAAUCGAGAAUCUUUCGUUAGCUGUUUAGCUACGUAUUAUAGGUUGAUGGUAAAAUGGACUGUAGAUCUGUGUCGAGAGCUGUAUUCGCCAACAUUGCAAACGCUGCGAGAUUUAAAAUGUCAUGGGCCAAUCGGGGGUGAAUAUUCCUACACAAAACUCCAAAAUCGACAAUGCACAUCUGGAUCCUAUGUCAUUCGCCAAUGUGAAAAAAUUUAUGAGAAUUACUACAUCGAUAUCGUCGUUAAACCAAAUACCAUUGAAACGUUGCAAAUUACUCAAAAAUAUGACAUGUGGCAUUUACAUUCGCAUGAAGGGACCAUCAAAACAUUCAACAAUCUCACCGAAUUAGCGAAAAGCAUAAAAACACAAUCAAAACAAAAGUUCCGUCUAGCACCAUCCGAAUACGAUAAAUCAACAUCGCUACUUCUAUGUCAGCCACCAUAUCAAGUCACAGCAAAACAAUCAAUUAACGAGCAUAGCGAGAAUGAACUGCGGAAGAAACGUGCACAAUUGUUUGAUCCGAUCAAAGACUUUCGAAAGUAUCAGAAUUCGCAGAAAGUCAUUGAGAAUGGCAUAAUUACGCAAAUACGGGCUGAAUGGAUAUUGCCCGAAGACAAAAAACUGGAUGUGACAUUGAAAAUCUUGAAUUCGGAGAAACACUUAACGGAGUUUUUGCGUUUGGCGGAAAAAUGGAGCAAUUUGUUUUCACCGGAGCUUAUCAAAAUGUAUGGUUUCACAUUGACGUCGCCGUACACACUUGUGAUGGAAUCGACGCGGCUUGGAUCACUUGAUGAAUUCCUGCAACGCCAACACCCUCUUGUAUCGGCGAAAAAUCUAAUUGAAGCAUCUCUAACACUGGCCCGUGCGCUUCAUUAUUUGCAAGAAAACAACAUAAUUCAUGGUCGCAUUCGAUGUGCAUCAUUGCGUGUUGCGCGGUAUGAUGAAGACAACUUGGUGGUUCGAUUGGGUGACCCGGGAUUCAGAAAAUCAUACACAAACGAUGACCUCCCAUGGAUCCCAUUCGAGUACCAUCAGAAUAUGGAGCAAGCCAAAAUGGAUUUCACGGCUGAGAUUUGGGCAUACGCAACAACAUUGUGGGAAAUAUUUUCGCAUGGACGAACACCAACAUUAAGAGAAUUCUAUGCAUCGAAACGGAAACUGCAACGGCCUCGAGACUGUCCGGAAGAUAUGUACGAUAUCAUGAGAGAAGGUUGGCAUGAGACUCCCGAUAAACGAUUUUCACCACAAGCCGUUUUUUCCAAAUUAAUCAUUGCACGUGAAAGACAAAAUGUGCAUCGAUACCAAACAUUACAUCCCUUCGUACGAGACGAUAAUCAUUCAACAAUAGGAAGUAUACAUUCAACUAGAACUGAGGAGACUCACAUCGGUAUGUCAAAUGGAACGGAAUCACCUGAUCGAAUGAGUAACUUGUCAUCGGGUUCAUCGAUUGAAACAAUCAGUGAAAGUUCAAAUGGUUACACAAAUGAAAUCACACCAUUGAUAUCUGAUUCGCAGUCGGAACGAACGAUAAUGUCCGAGUGUCCGACGCUGCAUGACUAUUCCCAAUCAAUAAUCGAAUUGGACGACGGUGGAAAGUUAAUCUAUCAAGGGAAAAUCGGCGAUGGUCACUAUGGCAGUGUAUACCGUGGGCAGUAUGAAAACGAAUUGAAUAACGAAUGCGUUACACAAGUGGCGAUCAAGCGAUUGAAAGCCAUACCUGAGACGAAUGUUUUAAGAGAUUUUGAGCGUGAAAUUAAAAUCAUGCAAAAUUUAAAGCAUCCAAAUAUAGUCAAAAUCAUCACAUGGAUCGAUAAUCCGCAGAUUUUAAUUGUAAUGGAAUAUGUACGGCAUCGUUCAUUUCUAAUGUAUUUGAGUUCGCAAAGUCCAUUGCUUACCACGCAACGAUUGCUCAAGUUUGCCAAAGAUAUCGCCAGCGGGAUGGAGUAUUUAGUGAGCAAAAAGAUUGUACAUCGUGAUUUGGCAGCAAGGAAUAUUCUCGUCGAUAGCGAGGAAUGCGUCAAAAUAUCCGACUUUGGAUUGGCUCAAGUGGCGGACUCAAAUGGCUACUACAUUGCUCAGAGUGAACGUGCGAUACCGAUAAAAUGGUAUGCGCCGGAGGUGCUUAAAAGCAACAAAUACUCGUAUUCAUCGGAUGUGUGGUCAUACGGUGUGACACUGUUUGAAAUGUUCUCACGAGGGCAUGAACCGAACUUAGUACCUGGAAAGGAUCUCCAAGCUGAAGAGCUGUUGACAAGGCUUGAAAAUGGCCAACGAUUGGCACGACCAAAUCUUUGUCCCGAACACAUUUACGAUUCAUUGCUGUUAUCCUGUUGGCGCAGCAAUCCAAAAGAGCGACCCAAUUUCACGCAGCUUUUGCAAAUCAUUCAUGAUCGAAUCGCUGAAAAUGGCGAGGAUAUUUGUAGUGCGAUUCGAUUUUGAACGAAGCGAUAAUUUGUUGUACACUUAGUUAGUUUAGAUAGAUGUCAAUUCAAAAUGUUAAUGCUUGUUCUCUAUGCUACUGAUUCGAAACGUUAUGAAUCUCUCUAAAUUCACAUGAUUACACAUUCAUACACGUACACACACACAUACACACUAUAUCUCAUUCAUAUACAAAAUAUGUGAGCUGGUUCAUAAUUUUUAUCCAGCAAAACAACACAAAAAAAACCUUUCACAACGAAGUCUAGUGCACUUGCUUACUAGAAAUAAUUAUGUACAAUUACUAUUAUUAUAUAUACCACAGGGUACAAAAAUAUCUACAAAUUUCAAACAAUGUUGAAUAACAAUUUUAACGAUAUACACGCAUUUAGAUUUUAAAAAAAAUCCAAAAACCUAGCCAUAACAAGACAAAAUACAACAACAACAAAAACACUCUCGGAUUUCGCUUUGAAAUUUGAGCAUUAAAUUGGUGCAAUCAAAGUCGAUAGACUCUCGACGACAACUUAAUUGGCAAUUGGUGUCUUAUUUGAACACGAUCGAGCUUAGAAAAUUCAACGCAAAAUUUUUUUUCAAUUAAAGUGUUGAAACAGAUGAAAAUUGUUCUUUUCUAGAGAAGAAAAGAGGAAGAAAAUCAUUGAAAUUGUUAAUUAAAUAUUAAAGAAAAAAAGAGAAAAUGAUAGGACGAAACCCAAGCAAGGAAUCUAAUUUCGGAUAUUCACAAAAUAUUUUAAAAAAUCAACUUUCGACAAAUUGUUAAAAGUUUUAUAUCCGGAUAAAACGGAAUUGUGGUAAUAAAAAACGGAAAUAAUGUCAAAAACGAUUUGCUUCACGUUUUUAGUUUGUGAUUGUGAUGAAGCCAAUCGGUUUGGUCAAUUUAAGACUGCUCUAAGUUUUCAGCUCCGAAUAAUUGAACUCAUCCAAUUAGCCAAUUUCCUAGGUAAUAAGCAAUCAACUCUUUGGAAAUAAAUAUUGUCUGUAAACCAAA